UGUCUGCGCCGGGCGGGGCUGCCGGGCCGAGCCGGGGCUUCCGCCGGGGCCGGGCCCGUGUCCGGCGCGCCGGGGGCGGCGCGGGGCCGGUUCCGGGGCCGGGGCGAUGCCCGGAGCGGGGCCCGGGGCGGCGGCGCGGGGCCGCGGGCGCUGAGCGGGGGCAGCAUGGCCGAGGCGCUGCGCCAGGAGCCGCCGGGCGGGCCCGAGUCGGAGGCCGAGCUGUCGCAGCGGCUCGCCCGCACCAAGGCCCGCUCGUACGGCAGCACGGCGAGCGUGGCCGCGCCGCUGGCCGAGCGCUACGUGGAGCACCGGCUGAGCGCCGGGGACACGCUGCAGGGCAUCGCCCUCAAGUACGGCGUCACGAUGGAACAAAUAAAGAGGGCAAAUAAACUGUUCACUAAUGACUGUAUAUUUCUGAGGAAAACCCUGAAUAUUCCGGUUAUAUCAGAGAAACCAUUACUGUUCAAUGGACUUAAUUCACUGGAGUCUCCUGAGAAUGAAACUGUUGACAGCUCCCCUUCUGAAGGACUAGUGGCAGUUCAGGAAGAAAGUAGUUCUUCUCCCAGUCCUCAAGAAUCUGACAAUCAGCCCACUGCACCAGAAGAAUUAUCUGCCAAAGAUUUCCUACAGAGAUUGGACUUGCAGAUUAAGUUAUCCAAACAAGCAGCCAGAAAACUAAAAGAUGACAGUGUCAGAGAUGAGGAGAAUGAGGAAGGUCCCUAUGCAACUUCUUCGUAUCACCAGUAGAAGACAGAUGUGAUGGUCUGAAAACUUUCCAUGAAAUCAGUUCUUACAGAACUAAACAGUCAAUAAUUCAAAACCCAAGUCUUCUGGACUCAUCCUCUUGAUGUACUUAAAAGAAGUCAUGAAUGGGUAAUUGCACUGAAAUUAUGACCUCUUCUGCCUUCCAUAGGUUAAUGUCCUUAUGCUAUAUCAAUAAAAGGUUUAAGCCUUCCAAAACUAGCAAUGGCCUUUUUACCCCUUCUGUGCAAACUGUAGCAUGGUAGCAACUAUAUAUCCAUCCCUGAGGUCACCUUUAUGCAGGAUGUUGAUCUUUAGUAAAGAUUUUGUAAAUACUUGUUAAAGUGAAAUUUGUUUUAAGUAUUUAAAAAUAUUAAAUAAGUUUGCUUGUAAAUGACAAACAAUGAAAGUAAUAGAAAUUUACUUCUUCUGCAAACAUAGGCAAGUUUGCUGUGUAAGUUUUGUCUACUUCAGGGCUGCAAAACUUGCCUAUGAAUCUUGUGUGUGUCUGUGUGUGGUUAUGAUGUAUUCCUAGAAAGGGGAAUUCAGCUUGUUUUGGUUAGUUAAAGCCUUUUUGGUUGAAGAACUGUUUGCAUAUUGGAUUUCUACUCAUAAAAGGGACGAGUUACACAAGAGGUUUUUUGUGAGAUACGACAUUGGAAUAUCAGAUGUGUGUUCUUGUGUGCAGUUAAAUUUUGUGUGGUUUUAAUUUAAUAAAAUACAAAAAAUACUGA